GAGGUAAGCCACUCUCAAGUCUGUCAGAGUGGAAACAAUUCAUCAAGAGGUCUUAUGGUGACCAGUCACCAUACAUUUCAUUUUUUCUUAUUGGAGAUUUAACAGCAUAAAGUCAAAACAAAAAGUUAUUUUUCUUUUAUCACUUCCCCUCCACCAUCAACUUAUUUUACCUAGUGUAAGACCAGCCACGGAAUUCAACGGUCUAUUCCUGGAAAGCAAGGUGCUGUAAUGGCAACUGCAACCUGUUUGAUGUUCUGGGUGUUGCUCAUAGCAGAUCCUGUGUGGACACAGAGUGUGAGACAGGCCUACGAGGUACUGGACCCAGAGGACUGGGAUGUGCACGAUGACUUCUAUUGUCCCAGGGAAUGUUUCUGUCCACCCAGUUUCCCUACUGCCUUAUACUGUGAGAACAGAGGUCUCAAAGAAAUCCCUGCUAUUCCAUCAAGGAUCUGGUACCUUUACCUGGAAAACAACCAGAUAGAAACCAUACCCGAGAAACCAUUUCAGAACGCCACCCAACUAAGAUGGAUCAAUUUAAACAAGAACAAAAUUACCAACUAUGGGAUAGAGAAGGGGGCCCUGAGCCAGCUAAAGAAGCUUCUUUUCCUGUUUCUAGAAGACAAUGAGCUCGAAGAGGUACCUUCUCCAUUGCCAAGAAGUUUGGAACAAUUACAGUUAGCUAGAAAUAAGGUAUCUAGCAUCCCUCAGGGAACCUUCAGUAACCUGGAAAACCUGACCCUACUUGACCUACAGCAUAACAAACUUUUAGAUAACGCCUUUCAAAGAGAUACCUUCAAGGGGCUUAAGAACCUCAUGCAGCUGAAUAUGGCCAAGAAUGCCCUGAGGAACAUGCCGCCAAGACUACCAGCCAACACCAUGCAACUGUUUCUGGACAACAAUUCCAUUGAGGCAAUACCUGAAAAUUACUUCAAUGUGAUUCCUAAAGUGGCCUUCUUGAGACUGAACCACAACAAGCUGUCAGAUGCAGGCCUCCCGUCAAGAGGUUUUGAUGUGUCAUCUAUUCUAGACCUUCAACUGUCUCACAAUCAGCUCACAAACUUUCCCCGAAUUAACGCUAACCUGCAGCACCUACACCUUGAUCACAACAAAAUUAAAAAUGUGAACAUCUCGGUAAUAUGUCCCACCACGCUGCGUGCAGAACAGGAUGCCUUCAUUCAUGGACCUCAACUGAGCUACCUUCGUCUGGAUGGCAAUGAAAUCAAGCCACCAAUCCCAAUAGAUAUAGUGGCAUGCUUCAAGCUUCUUCAGGCCUUCAUUAUAUAAGCAGCUCCACCAAAUCCAAAUUGGAUUAAGAGUAGUUGUGUGUGGUAAAUAACAUGGACUUGGCACAAAAAUACAGUGAGGAAAAGGUACCAACAAGCAAACAGCAACAGAAAGAAAGACGUGGUAAUAGAACGGCAGUUAAUAUAAAAACGGCGAUAUUCGGGAAUAUAUAUUUCUAGUAGAAGUGUGUUGGUACAUGUCAAUAACCCCAGUCUUUGAGAAGUAAAAGCAAGAGAAUCGGAAGUUCAACACUUUAAUCAAAAGGCUGGUCUGCUUAUCAUGCAAUCCCUAUGCCAGAGCCAGUCUAUUUAGAAAGAAUGAUGGUUUUCACUAAGAAACUCGGAGGGAUUCAGAAGCUGUAUCAGUAACCAGGCUCAAAGACAAACUGUAAAAAGAAACUUUAUCCUAGAGUACUCAUCUACAAAUGCCAGAGCCUAGAAACAGGGGUCAGUAUGUAUAUUGCUGUUUAAUAGAUUAACACAUAGGGAGGUGUUUUAAGUAAGAUUAAGGUAAGAUUAAAGCCUUACUUUAAAUUAAGCAAAAAUCCCUUACAGGUGUGCCCUCCAUUUUGGGGUUUUAAUUAAUUCCAGAUAUAGUUAAAUUGACAACCAAUAGUAGCCAUUACAAUGAUUUGGGGCCAGACAAGGCUGUGUACUGAGACUCUGUAUUAAGUACACAGAGAAAGAUACUUGUAUAUAAUCAAAAUAUUAUAAGUAAGUUUAAUACAUAAUUAUAAAACUGCAGGAUAUGUUUUGUUUAAGUUUCCUUUUAUUAUCCUAACUUUAAGACAUCAAUUUGUGCUGAUAUUCAGCUGAAUAUCAAAAUCCAAGUACAGAAAGGGACUGUGUCUGAGAUUUUUAAAGGUUUCAAAAGACAAGUUAAAAAUUUCCUGGAGAAAGUUCAGAACAGUAAAACGACUAUCAGGAAUGCUUAUUAUUGUUUUGUUUCUUGCUUUGGCAAAAAGUGACAGGAAAGUUAUAGACAAUAUACCUAAUAUACAAUAGGUGUCAGUGUUUGUUUCCAAUGGGGAAAACGCUCUGGCACAUGCUACAUUUCCAGGUCCCUUUGCUUGCAUUCAAAGGAACAAUUCAAACCUUCUGGGCACUGCCGGUGCUAACAGGUAACACUAUCUAGAUGUGGAGAUACUGCAUUAGAGCAAUGUAAGGAGCUGAACCAACAGGAUUUCUGUGUAAGAGAAGCUACUUCUCAAAAUUCAAAACAUGUACACAGUCCUUAAAGUAGUCUGGGAAAAAAGAGAAGUUAUUUCAAAUUGAAAAUGGAGAGAAAGGGUCUUGGGAUGUGGCAUCAGAUACAAUUGUACCUACCCUAAAACUUGAAAUAUAUAUUGAUUUUGACAGAAAUGACUAUUAUCACCUGUUGCAGAAACACAUAGAGGAGUUAACAGUUUCCAUCUUCUAGAAAAAAGUAAUCAAAUUAUAAGAGAGAUUCUGGCCAUGGUGCAAUAGUAGAACCACCAGAUAUCCCUUCCAAACCAUGGGUUUGCAGUGCUUGGGGGAAUGGAAGUCUUGGUGUGUCAGGAUCCUGCAAUGGAGCCUCCAGACCUUCAGUGUCUCUUAAGGGAGGUGUAGGGCAGGACUGAUAUGAUGAGUGACACACAAAAGUUUGACUUGUUGGUGAAAUUUAUGGCAUUUGCAAUUAAAGCAUGCUAGCCUAUCUAUCAUGAAUAGUUCCUUCAUAUUUUAUGCAUAGUCUCAACGUAAUAAAUGAGUAAAAUCCAAAACACUGGGUGCUACAUAAUGUUGUGAUAGUCGCAAUUUAAGUUUUUAAACAAUACACAAGCUUCGUAAAAUUCCAACAUCUAAAAGAAUUUCCCUGUAGGGAGAAUUAUUUUUUUUUCUAUCCCACUCUUAGAGUCUAGAGGAACCUACUUUAAAUAUUUACUGGGUUUAUUUUUCUUUAUUUGGCCAGAAAAUAUUUUAAUCAAAUUCUCUUGAUUUAGCAACUUUAAAGAAGUUACUUAGACUCUGCUAUGGAAUAUUCUACAUAUACAUAUGCAUAUAUACCUAUUGCCUUUUCCUAUCUGUUAAUAGCAACCUUUUUACUUCUAUAAUUAAUAAACGUUGAACAACUAAAA